AUGGCGCCAAAGCAGGCGACUUUAGGGAAGUUCUUCGGCAAUGGAAACGGCAGCAAGCCGGCACCGCAGCAGGCGAAACUCAAGUUCUCCUCCAAGGCCCAGCCGAAGCCAAAAGCAGAGGAAGAAGUCGAGGAAACCCAAGCUAGAGCUGAUCACGCUAACGGCGUUAAUGGUCACGUUAAGGACGAGGGCGUGGAUAUGAAGGAUGUUGUCAGUGUGAAGCACGAAGGCGAUGACGACGCUGAAGGCAAAACCGUAGUGAAAGCCGAACCAGCGUCGACAGGCAGUGCCAAGAAGCGCUCGGCUUCGAGGGUAUCAGAAGACGAACAGGCAGUGGAGGCCGACGCUGAAGCACCGCCAGCCAAGAAGCAGCGACAAAAGGGCACCGAAGCUAAGCUUAAGAGAGGCGUGGCUGUGAAGAAGGAUGCCAAGAAGGUUCGGAAAGUGAUGGAGGAGGAAGACGAGGAUGAUGUGCCUGUCAAGGUAGAGCAACGGUUGUCAAACAACGCACGUAAUGCAGAAGAUAGUGUGGGCGAUGACGAGGAGCCGCAGCCACCCAGCAAGCCGUUAAAGACUUCAGAAUCAAAGCCUGAGCAGGCGCAGAGCAAGACUCCCAGCACAAAGGCGAGAGCUGCGGUACAAGAGGCCGACGAAGAACAAGCGAUGAACAGUGAGCCUGACUCGGUGGCAGAGGCUGAAGCAGAAGCAACGGAUGAGGAGGAAGACGAGAAGCCAGCCGUGUCUGCGAAAGCGCGAGAGAAGUUGCAGAGCACUCUAACCUCGACAUCAAAGGAUGCGUACCCUGAUUGGAAACCCGGCGAGCCUGUUCCGUAUGCAGCGCUCUGCACCACCUUCUCCAAGAUCGAGAUGACAACGAAGCGGCUCGAGAUCUUAGCCCUCUGUGCAGCGUUUCUGCGCCAGGUGUUACGACUCACACCAGAAGACUUGUUACCGACAGUGCUACUAAUGAUUGGCAAGCUGGCGGCUGACUAUUCGGGCAUCGAGCUCGGUAUUGGCGAGUCACUCAUUAUGAAGGCUAUUGGCGAGACCACUGGGCGCAGUCUGAAGAUCAUCAAAGAAGACCAGCAGAAGAUCGGCGACCUUGGGCUGGUAGCGGCAAAGAGCAGACAGAAUCAGCCGACUAUGUUCAAGCCUAAGCCACUCACAGUGCGUGGUGUCCACGAAGGCCUAAUGAAAAUUGCUACUGUCGAAGGUCAAGGCUCGCAGCAGCGGAAGGUUGACGGCAUCAAGAAGCUGCUGUCUUCGGCUGACGUGUCGCUCGCCAAAGGUCAAACCGUCGAUAUCAACAAAGACAAGGGUGGCCCGAGCGAGUCAAAGUUCAUCAUUCGUGCUCUGGAAGGCAAGAUGCGCCUCGGUCUUGCCGAUAAGAACUUGCAGGUCGCUCUAUCGCACGCCAUUGUUGCUCAUGAGGUUUCAAAAGACGGCAAGAAGGUGCCCACCGAAGCCGACCUGAAGAAGGGCGAAGAGGUGUUCAAGUCCGUCUACAACGAGCUGCCAGCCUACGAGGUCAUCGUCCCAGCGCUGCUGAAAGGCGGCAUCUGGAACUUGCACGAGACUUGCAAGCUUCAGCCCGGCGUACCUCUCAAGCCUAUGCUUGCUAAGCCAACCAAGUCCAUUGGAGAGGUACUGGACCGCUUCGAAGGCAAGGACUUCACCUGCGAGUACAAGUACGAUGGUGAGAGAGCGCAAAUACACUUCGUGGCCCAUGAUGCAGGCCAGGAGUUUGCCGCUACGGAAGCACCGAAGGAGGGCAAGUCUGAUCGUGGCGUCUCCAACAUCUUCUCACGAAAUAGCGAAGACCUCAGCAAGAAGUACCCGGACAUUCUCGCCAAGCUACCAACGUGGGUCAAGGAGGGUACGAUGUCAUUCGUCCUUGACUGCGAGACUGUCGCUUGGGACGUGGAGAAGAAGCACGUCCUGCCAUUCCAGCAGCUCAUGACGCGAAAGAAGAAGGACGUCAAGACCGAGGAUAUCAAAGUCAAAGUCUGCGUGUUCGCCUUCGACUUGCUGUACCUCAACGGCGAGGCGCUGGUGAAUAAGCCCUUCCGCGAGCGACGAGACCUGAUGUACGGAGCCCUCGAGCCCGUUGAAGGCGAGUUUGCAUUCGCUCAAUACGGCAACACGAGAGAAAUCGAGGAAAUCCAAACACUGCUGGAGGACUCCGUCAAAGCCUCUUGCGAAGGUCUGAUGGUCAAGAUGCUUGAUGGUGUAGAAUCGCAUUACGAGCCCUCCCGGCGCUCUCAAAACUGGCUCAAAGUCAAAAAGGACUACCUCUCUGGCGCAGGCGACUCGCUUGACCUUGUCGUCCUGGGCGCCUACUACGGCAAAGGCAAACGUACAUCCGUCUACGGCGCCUUCCACUUGGCUUGCUACAACCCAGAGAAAGAGAUGUACGAGACCGUGUGCAACAUCGGCACGGGCUUUUCCGAAGUCCUUCUGAACGAACUCUACGAGACGCUUUCUCCGCUUGUUAUUGACCGUCCCAAGCCUUUCUACGACCACAGCAUGGGCAAAAACGACCAGCCGGAUGUCUGGUUCGAGCCGCAGUAUGUGUGGGAGGUGAAGACGGCGGACUUGACGCUUUCGCCGCGGUAUCGCGCGGCGAGCUCAGGGUUUGGGAGUGAUGGCACGCAUAAGGGUGUUAGUUUGCGGUUCCCGCGGUUCAUCAGAGUGAGGGAUGAUAAGAAGCCUGAGGCGGCUACGUCGAGUAAGCAGGUGGCGGAGAUGUAUAGGGCGCAGGAGACGGUGGGGAAGGAGAAGAAGACGGGCGUGGACGAUGACUUUGAGUACUGA